AUGUUGUUGCUCUCGCUCCGGCCCUCACACCCUCACGACCGGGUCAAUAUUUCGAGUCAUACUCUCUAUUCAGUAAAGAGGAAGAGGCCUCUGUUUGGAUCUUCUAUUAUUUUAGUCUUGAUGAUCAUGUUCGGAAUGAUUGGAUGGAUGUUUGUGGGAGGAGUUUGUAUUCAUGGAUUGCAACUGGAGGAUUUGUUGAAUAUUCGGCCUUCGUCGGCUAUUGGUGAUUCAAGUCAGAUUUUGGAGGAUGCUAAUUGUACAAUUGCAACGAUAGAGAAAAAUAAUAAUGAGUUUAUCUAUCCAGUGUUAAAGGAAAUAGUUUCAAAACAAUUUUUCAAAAUAUUUAAAGUUGAUCUUUCGAGUCCAUGUCCAUUCUGGGCUAUGAAAAAAGUUUGUACUGGAAAGGGAGGAUGCUCUGUUUGUGAGUGUGAUGAAAAUGAGAUUCCAAUUUCAUGGAAAAAAACUGCUCCUGUUGUCACAGACAAGGUCAACAAAUUUCUAGGAUUAAGCUCUCAAGGAAAAAAAGUUCAGAAAUGGCAAGAUGAUGAUUCAAAUUGUUGGACAAAGCAAGAAGGUGACAGUUCAAGACUGACAUAUGUCAAUUUAUUGAGAAAUCCUGAGACUAGAACUGGUUACAGCGGAGAAGAGGCCUCUAGAGUUUGGAAGGCCAUUUACAGUGUUAAUUGCUUCCAUAACAGAAGUGUGAAAGAUAUGUGCUUUGAGGAACGAGUGUUCUACAAGCUAAUUUCAGGUCUCCAUGUUUCGAUAACUAUGAAAAUUGCUCGAUAUUUUACUCUUAAAUUUGGCCAUGACGAAAAUCCAACGUACGAUUCAUACACACCAAAUUAUGAAAUGUUUGAAAAGGCCAUCUUACCGUUUCCUGAAAGAGUGAAGAACUUGUAUUUCCUUUACACAUUUAUGCUGAGAGCCAUUGAAAAGGCUGCUCCUUUCCUCAAGUCGUAUAAUUUUAAUACUGGAAAUGAAUUGAGGACAGAGAAACAUCAAUACUGGUUAACCAUCUAUUUAACAACAGCAACUUGUGUGGGAAAACAUUUGACGAGAAAUUAA